GUCUCUGCACUCCGUGGUGCAGGGUGUCGUUCACUGAUAUAUAGAAUACUACGUACUGAAUACUAUAUACCUGUGGUGUCGUUACUUUCGCUGCACGCGAGCACAAGUUUUGGGCGACCUUUAGUUUUAAAGGAGACAGAUGAGAGCGCUGCCGAUAUAAUUGAAGGCAUAGAAUAAUUAUAAUAAUUUUGUGUGUGGGCGCUGCCUGUACAUUAAGGGACUGGAGUCAGCCUGAUACGUGCAUUUCACGGCAUGCAAGUUCAGACACCCAUAUUGUAGUGUUCUCUGCUCUUACCCGUGUUCAAAAUGGCUCUGCGUUUGUGGUUACGGAAAUCUUCCGCAUUAAAUACUUCGCCUUUUGCGGUUUUACGCAAGGCUUCUACAUUAUCAGAUUUUGAGAUACAACACAAAACUCCAUUACAGAAGAGAGUUUCAGGAAUACCAAAAGCUCUAUAUGGAGGUCGUCAUACAGUUACUAUGUUACCUGGCAGUGGUAUUGGCCCUGAAAUGAUGAACUAUGUGAAAGAAGUAUUCAGGUAUGCUGGGGUACCAGUGGACUUUGAGGAUGUCCAAAUGGAUGCUACAGCUGAAAGCAAUGAAGAUUUGGAAUAUGCUAUCACUUCAAUAAGAAGAAAUGGAGUUGCUAUAAAGGGAAAUGUUGAGACGGGGAGCAUGAGGAGAGGUGUACUUUCCCGUAAUGUGGCAUUGAGAAAUGAAUUGGACUUGUAUGUCAAUGUUCUUAACUGCAAGUCAUAUCCUGGUGUGUCAGCUCGACAACAAGGUAUUGACAUUGUUAUUAUACGACAAAACACUGAAGGUGAAUACGCUAUGUUGGAACAUGAGAGUGUUGAUGGUGUGGUUGAAAGCAUGAAAGUUGUAACAUCAGAAAACUCUGAAAGAGUUGUACGCUAUGCAUUUGAGUAUGCAAAGAGGGCUGGACGUAGAAAAAUAACUACAAUCCACAAAGCAAACAUCAUGAAAUUAUCAGAUGGAUUGUUUUUGGAGACUUCACGUAAAGUAGCGAAAGAGUAUCCUGAAAUAGAACACAAUGACAUGAUUAUUGAUAACUGUUGCAUGCAGUUGGUGUCAAAGCCUCAUCAAUUUGAUGUCAUGGUUAUGACAAAUUUAUAUGGAACUAUAGUGUCUAACGUUGUUUGUGGUCUUGUUGGUGGUGCUGGAUUACUUUCUGGAAAAAAUUAUGGUGAUCAUUAUGCAGUAUUUGAACCUGGUACUCGAAACACUGGUACAGCAAUUGCUGGAAAGAACAUUGCCAAUCCAAUUGCAAUGUUGAAUGCUGCUGUUGACAUGUUGGAGCAUCUUGGGCACAAAUACCAUGCAGAGAUAAUUUAUGAUGCUAUUGAGAAGACAAUAAAUGAAGAUAGAAUUCACACACCAGAUUUGGGAGGGCAAGCAACAAGUAUUGAUGUUGUUCAGAACAUAAUCAAGCAUCUUCAACAGAAAACACGAACAUCUAACUGGUAAUGUCUCCUCAACUCUCUCACAUAAAGGACAUUCGCAUGCGGCUUUUAAAGAGCAAUAUUAGUUCGUUUGGCACUUCAAGUGUGACACGGAAAGAACCUGUGUGCAUGAAAGUUACCCGGAAGACAUAUUUUUAGCAUGGCUUUGUUUCUUUCUCUUUUCUGAACUGAUUCUUUUGUAUGUAGACGUUCCAGACACUAGUGGGAGUUAGUAGUGCAGGGAAUGGAAUUGAAGGUGAAUGGAACAACUUCUUCUGUUUAUUGAUGAAAACUAGUAUUUUAAAUAACAUUGUAGUAUGCUGUACUAUAGAAGAAGAGCUGAGUUAAUUUGAAAAUACAGAAGUGCUUAUCUAUACACAAAUUACCAAGUACAAUUCAAGUAUUAUUGCUAGUGAGUGUUAUAAUUAAUGUGACAAAUUUUUUUGCUACUGUAGAACUAAAAGCCUGACAAUAAUGUGGAGUUUUAAAUUUCUCUCUCUCUCUUGACAUUCUUUUUCUUUACAUGGUUGGAAUUGCUUCAGUUGUGUUGAUAUCUUUUCCAUUUUUUAUUAUAUCAAUUACAAAUUUGCAAUUAAUUUGUGUCAACAUGAUGCAGCAGCAAAAUCCAGACAAAAUUUAGAGUUUCCUUAUAUAUGGAUUUCUUGAACAAAAUGUGAAUUUAUGAAAAAUGUUCUUUAAUUGCAUGUCAGUGAUCAAUGUAGAAUAAAUAUACCAUUUACAGCUUAGUAGCCGUUACAGUCUCUAGUCUUUUGUGGAAUAGACUGCAUGCUUUUCAAAACUGCUCUGUCAAAUUCACAGAAUGCUGCAAUGAGGAGUCAACAGGGAUGCCACUUUGGUGUGGUUGGACUUGCUGGUGUCCCUUUAAACAAUGCAAUAGCCACACAAUAGUCCAGGGGAUUAAAAUUCGGAUUUUUCUGAUCCUUGAACUCCUUCAACCAGAACAUGCUGAUUUUGUCCAUCAGCAAAUUUUGCACCAAAUAGCCUAUGUGAGCCAUUUCACCAUCCUUUUGGAUGAUGAGUUGCCUUCCAUGCACCAGAGACUUAUCACAGCUUGACUACUGCUGCAUGUACUCUUGUUUUGUGAUUGUUACCACAUUUUUAAUGAAAUCUGAUGAUGUGGCAUCACUUUCUGAACACUGUGCCAAAGAUUUACACAAGCUGGAAACUUCUUUUUGGUGAUAGUUGGGUCAUCAUGUGACUAGCUUGCUCAUAUUUAUAGAAAUAAUGUAAUGUGAAAAUGGGAAAGACUUGUGUAUUUCCUUCAGCUUCAACAAAGAUUGUGAGAAAUGUAAUACUGCCUGUGAGGCUUCUUCAGUUCAGGCCUCUGAGUACCCACUUAAGUCGUGCAGUUGACUCACAGCCGACAUUGCAUUCUGUGAUCCCACAGCUGCACGGAGGAAGCAUCUGGAGACUAGUUCAGUCCUUGUCUCAGAGCACAGCACAAAAUACAUCAGCUUCAUGCUGUAUUUAUUAACAUUGAGUUCUAGUAAGAGUGUGCAUAUUGUAAUGAGAAGAGAGUGAGUUUGUUAAAUCACUUGAGGAGAGUAGUGUAGAUAUGUUACUUUAAUAUGUCAUGUUUUUUAACAAAACAGCUUUCACUGAAAAUGGAAAAGCCUUCUUUUAUUAAAAAAAUUGUAGGUUAAUUUCUAGUUUUGUUGGAGGUUCCGCUUUCUAAAAAAGGGUACAUUCUUUAAAAUGUGCGUAACCUAAUCAAAAUUAUCAUUGUCACAGAAGAUUAUAAAAAAAACCUCAAUAAUUUCAAUGUUUUUGGUACAGUGCUUCCUGGCACACCUAUGGUUGCCUGGAAUUAAUGUAAUGAGAAUCUUAUUUUGCUGACCUUCUUGGAAUGUAAAGCCUUGGGCUACCAUUGCUAGAAAGUUGUAUUGCAAGGACCUCUCUAUUUUCUCACAACCUCAGAAUCUGCAAAACUUUCAUUAUGUACAACUUUAAUCACAGGUCCUCCAAAGCAGUGUGGGAUAUUUUAGCCUUGCUUUUGCUACGACUGGCACCUAUGUGCAAAUUAAUAUUUUCUCUGUCCUCAGAAUUGAGGUGUUCACACCACAUCUGGGACUUGCAAACUUCUUUUAACAUUAAAUUUAGCUCACAUGCAUUGUGAAUCCUUCCUGGCACUGCUCCAAUGCUGCGAACCUUUCUGCAAUGUGGUAGAUGUUGAUCUCAAAUUCCUGAAAAUUUGAUUCUCUGUCAGUGAUUGUCCAUUGUAAAGCAUUUUGAUAACUGCCACUCAAUGAGUAUAUUAAGAGUUUGUUUGCAUCAGCUAAGAAUAUUUUGCUCAUCUAUCUGAUACUCACACAUGACCAUGAACAUUUGUUAUUGUUCAUGGUCAAAUAACAUAGAAAAUUCAAAUUUGUUUGGAUUUUGCUGAUACGCUCAGUAAGCAAAACAAUUUCUGUAAAUAGUUCCAUCUUUAAUUGGUUCGCAUUCUAUUUUUCUUCUGAUGUACUUCACUUGAAUCACACUGAACCUUUCCAAACUGCCAAAAACAUAAAAGGUUGUGUUACUAAAUUGAUUAUAAUAUCUGAAUUAUAAAAUUAUGAAUUAAAAAUAAUAAUUAUGAAUUACAAGCAUAAAAAUGCAAUUUCAGUUUACUUUAAAAAUUGUUGUGAAUUUAAUCAUGAUUGUGCUAUUUCAAAUGAAAGAUUUGUGCUUUUUGGUAAUUGGUGGUAUUGUUAUGUGAGUUUUGAAGUCCAGGUAUUACACAGAUCUGCGUAAAUUUGCAUAAUAUUUGUGGUACUGCUGUGAGAGGGAGAGAAUGCAUUUACAUGGUCUUUUGAGAGCUUUACUUCACAAAGUAUCCAAUGUAACAAUUUGUAUAAUGGCCUUAAUAUUUUUUUGUUUUGUUAUCCUUAUUUCUGUGCUGUUGAUUUUUUUGUUCUGUGUCAUAACAAUCUAAUCAACUUUCUGUUCCAUGAACUUGCAAAAUCCCAUAUGAAAUUAUUGCUAUGGAAGAUGAUAACUAUGAAUUAGAACAAUUGACCUUCCCCAGAUGAGAAUAUUUACCAUGCAUUGUAUCCUAUGUCAUACUCUGAGGAAACAGAUUCACAGAGCAGUGUUUCAUGCAGUAAUAAUUUUAACAUCUCUGUGUUUCCCUCUUUAAAAUUAUAUUCAGACAGCAGUUUUAAUUUUCAUUCAAAUUAUUUUAAUAUUUAAAAUAUAGUGUGUAUAAAUGAAAGUACAGAAGUUACUGAAACUUACUACUAGCAUAUUGCUAGAAAAAGUAAUAAUUUAUAUAUCUUAAAGUCAUGAUUAUAAUUAAUAAAUUAACAUGCUUGUUUUGUUUGCUUGAUAGUGAAGUACAAGUAAGUUGAAGAUGCAGGCCAUGAAUCUGAAAUAUGGCAUGAUUUGACAUGUUGAAUUUCGCAAGUAAUUUUGCAUAAAAUAUUUGGAAAUGAAUUUUUAAUUUUGGAUAACUGCUUAAGACAACACACUGAUUCAAAAGUAUUACGAGUUUAGAAACAGUUUUCCUAAGAAAUGACUUAGGAAUUUCAUUCAAACACUUUGAAUUGUUUUUGGUAAAAUUGCAUGUACCACUUAUUUGUUUUCAUUUUCUUCUUUUUACAGUUAUUACUGUAAUUUCACAUUUACAUCAUCUGACACUUGGUAUUAAAUUUCCAUUUAGUCUUUUAUCCGUCGAGUCUGAAUCUUCUAAGAAUCCUCCUGGAGAAUGAAACUUAUUUAUUAUGAUGAACAUCAGAGGUGUCUGCAAAACAAGUCCUUUGGAUGUGUACUCUCACAUUCCCCUGGAACUUGCCAUGUGACAAAGUAAAGGUGAUUAAAACUGCGGAAUAUGAGACAAUACUGACAGUAAGAAUUAGGGCUGAAGUUUAUAUUGGGGGAAUCUAUGCAACAUUACACCUUAUUUGUUGAAAUUAUUGCCUUUUAAAGCAUACUUAGUAAAAUUGUAAAUUUCAUAACUCAUUUGGCCAACUGAGGUGAUUGAGGUAUACUACACUAAUGGCAACGAAUAGGGUGAGGUUAGUACAAAUAGAGGAAGAUGAAAACAGGUAUUUAGAGCACAGUCUUUUGCGUACCUAGGAUUAUAGUACUAAAGUCGAGAACUAGCCAUAAGGCCAGAGCCUUGUCGAGAAAUUCUAGAUGCGUAGUAAAGCCUCUCUCUGCCUUACUAGUAAUUUAUGUAAUUAAAAUAUGAUUCAUGAAUAUAACACUUUCUACUCUUGGGUAUACAUUUCACAUAUUUUCAAAGGUAUAUGUUCUGUUAUGUUAGCUAAAUGAAUCUACAUUUCACUUUAAAAUUUAUGAGGUUGGUACAUAGGAUGAACAAAAAUGACGUUCAUUCCCAGUAAAUAAACUGCGCCCAGGAUUUUUAUUUUUUAUUCCUCCUUUUUUUUCUUUCUUCAAAACUAGCAUUCUCAGCAUACUAGUAGAUUUACAAGAUUUAUAUUCAUACAACGCAUCAUUGCAUUUCAGGAUAUUAGGAAUUAGAGUGUAAAAAAACAAUGUAAGGGGAAAAUAUAAGAUGUACUAUAUUUCUAAUAAUUUGAUGUACUGUAAAGCAGUUUAUUUAGUGUGAAUUCUGAAUCAUUGUUUCACCUAACCAAUAAGAAUUUUAGUAUUAAUUUUUCCAUUUCAUUCCUCACAAAAUGUGUCUUCUAUUUUGUUAUGCCCCAUAAAAUAUUUUGCUUAUGAACUAUUUUCCAAGACAUAUAUGAAGUAUUUCAGAAACUGUUAAUGUUUUUGAAAUGUUGUUGCAUUUUAUAUUGAUGAAUGAAGGAAAUGAAAAAUAUAAAUAUAGGAAGUGUGUAAGUUGCCAUGGAACAGAAAGUAUUGAGAUUUUUUGCUAAGACUAUGAUCGUUGCUGCUGUAUAUACAUUCCACCUUGUAAUCUAGCUCUUAUUGUGUAAUGUGUUUGUAUUUCCUUUAAAAAAGAAGUUAAAACUACUUUUAGAAAUAAUAUAUUUGUUAUUGUUUAUUUAAAGAUUUUUAGAUUAAAUUUC